AAUAGAANGAAAUGAAAAAUUCAACAAUAGAAAACCAAAAAUGUAUAUAUACUGAUUAUUACGCAAUACAAUGUUGUAUUAUACUAUAUUGCGGUUAUGUGUUGUGUUUGGUGUGUAGUGUGUGAACAGCUGAUCGGCCGGUAGUAGCGAUAUCCACUACUACUUGAGUAGUAGGGAGUAGUCGCGUGAUAAUGAUUAAACCGGUCCGAGUACACACUUUUAAGUUAACAACACACUAUUAUGUUGCAGCUGCAACAGUAGUCGAACGAUGAACUCGUCAUUGUAAAGGACGGCACGACAUGCACGCCAACAUGUGUAUACAAAAUAAAUCCACUCUGAGACUGAAACACCGCCGGAUGGCGAUCGCGGAGCUUCCUCUUCACGUACGACAGGUCGCACUAUGCGCGGUGGCCGACGGGCAGUGCGAACCGGUCGCUCGGGCGCUGGAAUACAGAUAUAGACUGAAUUUAUCAAUUACCGUUUGAUCUUUCACGUUGACCUUUAGUAGCAGCGGAAGAUAUUUUAUUUAAUUGUCUUAACGGUAUCAAAAAUGAAAAAAUUGACUGUAUUAUUAAGAAUAACAAAUUUAUUAAUUGAGCGAAAUAUUUGAUAAAUUAAAAUCUAUUGCCGUUGGAGCUUCGUCUUUAUCUGGAUUGUUGAACUCGAUGUAUCAAAGAUAUAACUACAAACGCAAUCAACACAUAAUGAAUGAUUUACAAUGUAUCUCAGUGAAUUUUCAAAAUGAUCAGCCCAUUGAAUGUUUUACAAAGAAGAUGAAAAGUGAUAUUCGGUUGACAAAUAGGUUGCUUUUGUUUGUAGUAAUUAUUGCAGCACUGUCAAUUCCUUUAUUUACAUUUUGGACUACACUUUUUCCGCAAGAUGGAAUUAAACGUCAUGCUGCUAUAGAGAUGAUACCAUUUAUUGAUGCUAGUCAUGUUUUGGAGUAUUGGUUAAAAACUAUUUUUUUAACUUUAGUUAUAUUAUAUGCAAACAUAAAAAUUGUUGCUGUUCAUUGUUUUUAUAUCGGUGCAUUAUCACAGAUAAAAUGUGGAUUUAUUCAUUUGAGAAAAAAUAUAUCUUAUGCUAUUGAGUGCACAGCUGAUCUAUCUCUUUUUUAUAGAUGUAUUAAAAUCCAUCAAAAUAUUAUAAGAGUUGGGAAUAAUAUUUGCGAUACUUAUUCACCAGUGUUUUCUUUUUUUUUGGCAUUUUUUAUAAUUGAAAAUAUUUCAAUAAUGGUUAUGAUCAUAUGCAUUCCAAAUAUGCCUUUAAUGAUGAAAUAUCUACCUAUGACUCAUUUAUUGUUGUGUUUGAUAACAUUAUAUAUAUCAUGUAAUGUAGGAUCUAGUUUAGAAGAAGAGUCAACUAAAAUUGGAAAAGAACCUUUUGGAAUUUAUAUUCUUAACCCGUCAAUUUUAACUAUAAAACAAAAUUUGCUGAUUUUAUUAUUAGGGUCGUAUACACCACUCAGAUGUAAAUGCAUAUUUCAACCUUCAGUAUGCAUGAACAAUGAAACGUAUGCAAGGUUUUUCAAAUUUUCUUUCUCGGUACUACUGGCAACUAAAAAAAUUGUAAAUAAAGGAAUGGUAGACUAAAAUUUAUUUUUAAAACUAAUAUAGACUUAUAUAUGUAGUAUUGAUUAAUUUUUUUAUUUUGAUUAGAU